AUGGCAGAUAUCCAUGACCACAAGGAGUCUGUGCAACACACCGAGGAGCAACUGGAGACUGCUCGCGGCGACGCUCUCGAUGAGGCCAACAAGCUCGGCAUCGACGUUUCCGAGGUGGUGGCCAACCGCGUGGCCGAGGACGACCUGCACGCUGUUUCGGCAGCGUGCAUGUCGCUCAAGUCACCUGCCGGCUGGCGCAUCGCUGGUAUCAUCUUCGUGAUGGGCAUCAACCAGGCCGCCUACGGUAUUGACUGGGCUGUCAUCGGCAACGUCAAUUCGUUCCCCACAUGGCACGACUACUUCGGCUUUGCCAACGACGGUGCGACUCUCGGCACCCUCAAUGCACUCAUGACCAUUGGUAGCUUUGUCGGCGCCCCCUUCCUCGUUCUUUCGGAUGUCUGGGGUCGUCGCAGCGUGAAUUUCCUGGGCAAUGCCUUGGUUAUCGUCGGCGCUAUUCUUCAAUCGCAGGCCCCCAACAUUGCGUGCUUCAUGGUCGGUCGCUUCGUCCUUGGUUUCGGCACCUCCCUCUGCACUUCGUCGCAGUACAUGGCUGAAAUCUCUCCCGUCCAUCUCCGUGGCCGCCUGGUUGGAGUGUUCGGCGCCUGCUUCCAGAUCGGCUCUCUCAUGAUGGGCGGAGUCAUGGUCGCCUUUGCCCGCUGGACCACGUCCAACUGGCAGUGGCGUGCCCCCCUGCUCCUCCAGGCUGUCCCGGCAUUGAUCGUCUGCGCCACCAUCUACUUCCUCUGCCCCGAGACUCCUCGUUUCUACGUCAUGAAGGGCGACAAGGAGAAGGCCCGCCAGGUCAUUGCCAAGUACAUGACCUCGAACAACGACAUCCACGCGCCCAUCGUUCCCCUCAUGAUGCGCCAGAUUCAGGACUCCCUCGACUCUGGUGCCCGUGGCACCAAGAGUCUCCGUGCCGCCUGGGACUUCCGCGUCUUCUUCACCCGUCGCGUUGGAUACCGUACCGCCGUCCUUGCCGCCUACUCGCUCUUCCAGCAGUGGAACGGUGGUGGUAUCAUCUCCUACUACAUGUCGCCCGCCCUCGAGACCAUUGGUAUCACCGCUCCUCUCUCACAGACUGGUAUCAACCUCGGUCUUACCGCCAUCUACUUUGUGUUCACCGCGUUUGGUGCCUACCUCAUCGACAAGAUGCGCCGUCGUACCCUCAUCUUCCUGGGCCUCAUCUCGUGUAUCCUUACCCAGACUGCGGUCACCAUUACGUCUUGGCGCUACGACGUGCAGCCCAACAACGCUGCUGCGGGUCUGACCCUCUUCUGGAUCUUCCUUUACCAGGUUUUGAGCGCAUCGUUUAUCGCAACAAUGCACAAUUUGUACCCUAUCGAGAUCCUCUCGUUGCCCCUGCGAGCUAAGGGAAUGGCCCUCUACUCCCUCAUCCAGUCGGCGGCCGGUGUGGUCCAGAAUUACGGUAUCUCGGUCGGUAUCCAGAAGGUCGGCUACAAGAUCUGGGUCGUCUACAUUGCCUACAACGCCAUUCAGCUCGUCAUCGCCUACCUCAUCUUUCCGGAGACGUCCGACCUCUCGCUCGAGGACAUCGACUACAUCUUCGAGACCAAGGGCGAGCAACCCGUCAAGCUCUCGCUCAAGAUCGAGAAGGCCCGCAUCGCUCGCGAGAAGGCUCUUGCUGCUGGCGAGGGUGACGUGUAA